CAGCACACGUAUAUGCACCCCGGGACGCUCCUCUUGCCGGGCAGAAUCAGCCCCUCCCCAACCCGCAGUGCGCAUCAACGCACCGAAUGCGGAGCACCAUAUCAAAAGAGUAUUGGUCACUAGUUCAGUGCAUCAUUCUUCAGUCCACGCCUCGACAACCCAAUUCCAUCCGGAUACAAAAAAAAAAAAACAAGAGAGUGCACACGACUAAAUAUAGAUGCUGGUGGCAGUGUACGUGUUUGUGGCGGUGGCCUCCGGCCUUCCCUUGGUGGCCCUUCUAGACACUUUCCGUGCAUGUGAUGUCGACCAUGCGUUUUUGAACGACGAGGAGUCGCUCAUGGCCUUGGCCGAGGAGCACGACUUCCCCACUCUUUCGCCCGAGGAACAGCGGGCGUACUUGGAAGGAGAAGAAUUUCUGAAGUUGCACCCGCCGGACCCGGCACACGCCAGGGGCAAGGCGUUCACACGUGACGACGAACUCGUGAUCAAGGACUGUGGCAUCAACGCGUUUGAGUUCGAGCAGGAGCACGACAUUCUUGCGCCCCGCUUCGUGGUCGAAGAUAGGACGGAAAUCAACUUCACCAACAACGCCCGGCUGUACUCCACGGCCACUGCAGUGCUGCGGUUUCCACUUCCAAUCAAAAACCGCCUGCCGGAUACCGUUUAUUUCGAGGUCAAGGUGUUCGAGUAUGCCGAGGAUGUGCCCAACGCCCACUUUGCCAUAGGCCUCGUCACCAAGCCGUACCCCUCGCAGUUCCGGCUCCCGGGCUAUAACAACUUCUCGAUGGCGUACGAAUCCACGGGAAACCUCAAGAUCAACAAGCCGUUUCCCACGCCGUUGCAGCAACAUCGCGGCACAGAAAGCCAGUAUAAUGCACUUGUUCUUCCGCCGCUCAAGCAGCUGGACGUGGUGGGAUUUGGCUAUGUAGUGAGCUCGGGCACGUACUUCAUCACCCGCAACGGGAAGAAACUCAUGGACGUGAUGAAGGGCUGCCACUUGGACCUCUACCCCGCCGUGGGCUGUUUUUCCACCAACGGCAGGUUCCAGGUGAACUUUGGCCAGAUGGGCUUUGUGUGGAUCGAGGCCAACGUGCGCAAAUACGGGUUUUUCUCUGCCAGCGACCGGCGCUUUGCGGGCCAGCGGGGCUUGGCAUCCUUGCCCGAAUACGGCAAUUCCAUCUUACUCAACGACAAGCUUUUGGACAAGGGUGACGAGCUCCCGCCAGAAUACCCCGAGGAGGAGCUUGAUUUCUUUGGCCGUAAAAUCCGCGUCGGGACCUCGGCACAAUUCCACGGCAAGAAGCUCAACGAGGAUUCGGAAUUCGAGGUGAAGGAUUGA